AUGGAUCAGGUGUCCUCGCGGUUGCAGCUCGGCACACCAGGGGCUUUGCUCCAGGCGGCGGAAGAUCUCCAAGAGCGAGGACUGGCGGUGCUGGACGCCUCACCUUUGAAAGCUACUUGUGUGGCGGCUUCCAAAGAGGCUCUUCGGCUACCUCCCAGGCUUCUGCGAGCCGCCCCGACCGCUUCGGACCACAAGGUCUGCAUUGCCGAUGGCCUGCUGGGCGAGGAUGGCUGCGAGGCCAUCGCCGUUCCCUUGACAGCUGCGGAGCACAGGGAGGUUGUUGCAGGGGGGCCCGCAUCGAUGCUGGACCGCUGCGUCGCAGUGGUUGAGUCCUUGGGCGACUACGAGGCCGUCAUCACAGACACAGAUGUUCGCCCAAGGGCACCAACCAUUGAGCAACUUUGCUGCGGGGACGGCAACUGCGGCCAGGGCAGACAAGGCGCUGCGUGGCUAUGCUGUCAACGCAGGGUCGACCAGGCACAACCGCGCACUGGCGAGCUCUAA